GGUCUUGAAUCAUCCCCAUGGAAUCUACGUCCCAAAACAAAUCGCCGUCAAAAUAUAAUAAUAACUUUCUUAUUAACAACCCUUUAUCUUCCAAUAUCAAAACUCUCAAUUGACGCUUUAGUUUGGGGUGACACAUUCUGGGCAAUACCAAAUCCAUAUAUUUAUAGCGAUUCACCAGACUUUAGUUACUUCAAUAAUAUUACAGGCAAUAGAGACUUUAACGAUUUUUGUUAUGUUACUAGUAUGAGAAAAGGUGAUUGGAACUUUUCACCAGUAAUUAUAGGCGUUGCAUUGGUAACACUUGCACUGUUGACUUUUUGGUUCCCUAUUGCUUUAAAAAGAUUAGUGGACAAGAAUUCACCUAAAGUUGAUGAAUACAAUGAAGUUGGUGAAAGAAUUGCGAAUAAAGAUGGUGAAUAUAGAAAGUUAUUGGAGAAAGAUAUUUGCCCUUAUAAUUUUUUGUAUAAUGAAUCAAUUCGUCAAGGUUUACAAAUUGUUCUCAUGGUUUUAUUAUUGCUUAUUCACUGGAGAAAUGAACCAUACAUUUUUGCUUCACAAAAUGCUAGUGAAUACUGGACACGAUCUGGUUAUGUGAUCACUGCAAUCCUCGGAAUGGUUGUAAUAUUAAAAGUUGGACCAUAUCAGGGGAUCUCCAUAUGUAUCAUAGUUAUUAAUUGUAUUGUUGGAAUAGCAGUGCUGUGGUAUAUACUUAAAGAGACAGGACCUUAUCAAAAUUUCGUAAAGAUUAUAAAGAAACGAUUGGAUUUUAGUAUCAAUAUAUAUUCACCUAAUUUAGACUUUUCUAAGCAUAUUAAACAACGUAUAUGGCAAGAAACUUGGACUACACUAUUUUUAACUUCUGAAAAAUUUAAAAUGUCAAAAGAUAAGAUUGUAGCAUAUUCUCAAUCACCAUAUCGACCACCAUAUUUAUUAAAUUUUACAGGAAGUGUAGCAGAACGACAUGUUGAAAAUCUUAAAAUCAUAAGGCAAAUUGGAAUAAGACGUUAUACGGCUUCAUUAUCCCCUUUACCUAGUUCUUUAAUUGAAUUAAGGACAAGGAUAUUAAAUAAUUUUGUAG